CUCAGAGUUGUUUAGCUUCUUCCACUUGCCACCUGACUCUUUGUCCUUCUUUUUCACCCCCUUCAGUACGUAGCACACAGAAAAAGAAAAAAAAGAAUGUUCAAGAAAAUGUACAGCUGCUACAACACCAAAAUGGGCUUGUUCAGAUUUUUUGCUUCCACCAUACUUGUACUAUUCUUGCUUUCUUCCUUCAGCUUCCAUUUAACAGAUGCCUUUGAUCCACUUGAUCCAAAUGGAAACAUUACUAUUAAAUGGGAUGUGAUCAGCUGGGCACCUGAUGGAUAUGUGGCUGUGGUGACAAUGUACAACUUUCAACAAUAUAGGCAUAUUCAAGCACCGGGCUGGAGUUUGGGCUGGACAUGGGCAAAGAAGGAAGUCAUAUGGACCAUGAUGGGAGGUCAAACAACAGAGCAGGGAGAUUGUUCAAAAUAUAAAGGAAAUAUUCCACAUUGCUGUAAGAAAGAUCCAACAGUUGUUGACAUGCUGCCUGGAACUCCUUACAACCAACAGAUUGCAAAUUGUUGCAAGGGAGGAGUGAUCAACUCAUGGGGACAAGAUCCGGCCAACGCUGUUAGCUCAUUUCAAAUUAGUGUUGGUGCUGCUGGAACAACCAAUAAAACAGUGCGAGUACCUAAGAACUUCACAUUAAAGGCUCCAGGGCCUGGUUAUACUUGUGGACCUGCUAAAAUUGUAAAACCGACUAAGUUCGUCUCUGCAGAUGGGAGAAGAGUGACACAGGCUAUGAUGACUUGGAAUGUCACAUGCACUUACUCACAGUUCCUAGCUCAAAAGACUCCUACAUGUUGUGUGUCCCUCUCAUCCUUCUACAACGACACGAUUGUGCCCUGCCCGACGUGCACUUGUGGCUGUCAGAGUAAUGGCACUCAGCGUGGGAGUUGUGUAGAUCCAGAAACGCCACACCUAGCUUCAGUUGUAUCAGACCAUGGGAAGAACAAUUACGUUCCUUUGGUACAAUGCACAAAGCAUAUGUGCCCAAUUAGGAUUCAUUGGCAUGUGAAACUCAAUUACAAGGAAUAUUGGAGAGUGAAGAUCACUAUAACAAACUUCAAUUACCGGAUGAAUUAUACACAAUGGAACUUAGUUGUCCAACAUCCGAACUUUGACAACCUCACUACAUUAUUCAGCUUUAAUUACAAGUCACUAACUCCGUAUGGAUCAAUCAAUGACACUGCUAUGCUAUGGGGUGUGAAAUUCUACAAUGAUCUGCUCAUGCAAGCAGGUCCUUCAGGAAAUGUCCAGUCAGAGCUACUAUUCCGGAAGGAUGCAUCAACUUUCACUUUUGAGAAGGGGUGGGCAUUUCCUCACAGAAUUUAUUUCAAUGGAGACAACUGUGUGAUGCCUCCUCCUGAUGCAUAUCCGUACUUGCCAAAUGCUGGUUCACGAUGGGAGGUGUCUCUGAUUACAUUAGUGGUGACACUGAUGUCUUCGAUGGCAGUUGUCCUUACAUACAUUUAAAAAAUUAUCAUUUGUGUAUAGUGCAAUGGCCAUGC